CCCAAACCCAACCGAGCCAAGCCGAGCCGAGGCAGGGUUUUGCUCCGGAGUCCCCCCAAACCAUGGCGGCCUCUCGAGGUCUCCUCGCCCGCCGCCUUCUCCUCCUCUUCCGCCCCAAGAUCCCGACACUCUCCCCACCCCACGGCCUAUUCCGGGGAGAAGUCCCCGUGCGGCUGCUGCCGCCGCAGCCCUUCGGUGAGUGGCGGCGCGCGUUCCAUGACGGGCGGCCGCGCGGGCCGCUGUGGCGGAGCAAAAAGCUGAUUGGGAAGGAGGCCCUGUUUGCUAUCCAGGGGCUGAAGCGGUUCAAGGGAGAUGAGGAGAAGCUGCGGGAGUUCAUCAAGAGGCACGUGGCGCGGCUGCUCAAGGCGGACAAGCUCGCCGUGCUCGGCGAGCUGGAGCGCCAGGAGGAGGUCGACCUUUCUGUCAAGAUGUUCAGGAUCAUACAAAAGGAGGACUGGUAUAAGCCAGAUGUUUACAUGUACAAGGACUUGAUAAUUUCUCUAGCCAAGUGUAAGAAGAUGGAUGAGGCAAUGGAUAUCUGGGGAAACAUGAAAGAGGAGAACCUGUUUCCCGACUCACAGACUUAUGCUGAAGUCAUAAGAGGGUUCUUGAGAUAUGGUUCCCCAUCAGAUGCAAUGAACAUUUACGAGGACAUGAAAAGAUCACCUGAUCCACCAGAGGAGUUGCCUUUCAGGGUAUUAUUGAAGGGUCUUUUACCUCAUCCACUAUUAAGGAACAGAGUGAAGCAAGAUUUUGAAGAGCUAUUCCCAGAGAGGCAUAUUUAUGACCCUCCAGAUGAUAUAUUUGGAAUGCACUAAGGUUGAAGUGUUUAUGUCCACAUGAGCCUGCUGAGCUUACGAUUUAAUCAGAUCAGCCAAUUGCUUGGGUUAUUUGAUUACCUGCAUCACAAGAAUUCAGAAUUUGUCAGAGGAUAUGCAGAGAAGUUAUGGAUGGUAAUGCUUUAUGGAGAAACAAAAAGAUUCUUACUAUCUCUAUGGUUACACAAAGUACAUUGUUCGGGCAAUCUCUUAAUAUAUGAAGCAAUUUAUUCACUUCAACAACUGCCACCGCUUGUUCCGUAAUCCAGGAUCUUGUGAGGCAGCGGGUAGUAACAUUCAGUUGUUGGGUCCACUUGUGUGAUUAGGUUGUUAGAAAUAGUACACUGCUCACUUUUCAUGCUGUUCCUUCCCUAACUGCUUUAGAAACCAACUUUUGAUGAACAUGAAUGCAUCUUUUUCCUGGUUA